AGGGAUCCAAAGCCUUUAGGGCUGCUUUGAUUCGGAACCUGAAGCGGAUCAGAGGUUUUGGCUCGAGAGAAGCUAGCUGCCACUGAUCCCCCUCCGAACCCGCCGCGGUUCGGCCUGUCAGCCGCAUCCACGGCUCUAAAGUCAGUGAAGUGAAGAGCGAGCAGGGGACGCUGGGACGCAAUCCCCCCCCACACGGCUGACCUUGGAGAUGACAUCCCAGCAGCCACCCCACCCCCCCAACGCCGGAGCAGCCCCCCAGCUCCAUCACAGCCCGUCAGCGCCGCAGAACCGAGUGGAGUCCAACCAGAGCAGUGCUCUCCCGCUGAGAAACCGAGCUGUGAUGAGCAGACCCCCCUGCCUGAGCGUGGCUGCUGCCGGGGGGGUCACCAACAGGACAGUCUCCUCUGCCUCCCCCAGCCCCAGCCUGUCCAGAAGAGUGCGUUCCUCUGAGCCGUGGCCCGAGGAGGCAGUGGACGGCUCGCACGGGCUGUACUCGCUGCACCGCAUGUUCGACAUCGUGGGGGCUCAGCUGACGCACCGGGACGUGCGCGUGCUGUCCUUCCUCUUCGUGGACGUCAUCGACGAGUACGAGCGCGGCGGCAUCCGGAGCGGCCGGGACUUCCUGUUGGCCCUGGAGCGACAGGGGCGCUGCGACGAAACCAACUUCAGACAUGUCCUGCAGCUGCUGCGCAUCAUCACCCGCCACGACCUUCUGCCUUACGUCACGCUCAGGAAGCGGCAAGCUGUCUGCCCGGAUCCCGUGGACCAGUACCUGGAGGAGACGUCCGUGCGCUACAUCUCCCCCAGAGGAGCCGAGUGCUGCCGGGACUCUGUGCUGCACCGAUCUCCAGGCCCCCAGCCGGUCAUCUGCUGCCCCCCUUCAGGAUCACAUGUAGGUCCUCCACGGACGAAGCCACCCCCCCCUCCCACGCACGGCAAACGGAAAAGAAGUCACCCCUCCUCGGACUGCAGGGAGAAGCAGACAUGUGACAUCCGGCUGCGGGUUCGCGCGGAGUACUGCCAGCACGAGUCGGCUCUUCAGGGAAACGUCUUCUCCAACAAGCAGGAGGCGGUGGAGAGACAGUUUGAGCGCUUCAACCAGGCCAACACCAUCCUGAAGUCCAGAGACCUGGGCUCCAUCAUCUGUGACAUUAAGUUCUCCGAACUCACCUACCUGGACGCCUUCUGGAGGGACUACAUAAACGGCUCGCUGCUGGAGGCGCUCAAAGGCGUCUUCAUCACCGACUCCCUCAAGCAGGCCGUGGGCCACGAGGCCAUCAAGCUGCUGGUCAACGUGGACGAGGAGGACUACCAGGCGGGACGCCGCAAGCUGCUCUGUAACCUGGUGGCCAGCGGAGGGAGCCCCCCCGUGGACAGCCGGGACGCCGUGUCCUAAACGCCUGAACUGUGACGGAGGGGGGUAUGUCUGAAAGGAGCUGCAGGACUCCAGCGGGUCGCCGAGCGAGCGGGACGGGUGGGAGGGGCCACCGGCAUCAAGUCCCGCUCUUCUCCUCGUUCAAACUCUCCUAACUUUAUUAACAGCUCUGAGAUUGAAUGGAAUUGUGUUCUGGACGUUACCUGCUUCCUCUGUCCGUGUGUCCUGGUGACUGACGGCAUCGGCCAAUGGCAGAGCCUCCUGUGGCUGCAGCGGCCAAUCACUCCCGAUCCCCGAAGGUCUUUUCUGUUGACUUGUGCUCGUCCUGACUUUGGUUGAACUUUCCGUGUUUGAUCUGGGAGCGCCGUGUGGGUUGCUCUGGUGUAACCGAAUCUUCCACUGCUGUACAUUUGAUCUGAAAACAAACUGAACCUUUUUAAUACAUUUAGAUGCUCAGCAAAUAAACGGCAGAUAAAUCCCCGA